AGCCAUUUCGCCGCUGACCCUAGGUCCUACCAUUUUAUUUUUUUUUUUAUUUUUUUUUGAAUAUAUUCAUUAGAACAUAACAAAAAAUGUCAACCUAUCGUGUGUUUUCUCCUAAAUUCUUGAGCAAGCUCAACACCACCAAACUUGUGGAAGGCGAUAUUAAGGCUCAAUUGGUUCACAAUGCAGAGAAAGGCAAAUCAUUUUGGAGACCAGCUCAAGUGUCUAAGCGUGUACAAAACGAUUUGAGAAAGGCCUGUCUUCAACAAGGUGUGGAACCUACAUCGAUUGGAUUAGCUGCACCUACUCCCGCCAAACCAUUACGUUAUAAGCCCAACAAGUUGGAGAAACACGAACGUAUGCGUGCUGAAAGACAAGCCAACAUUAAACGUAAUUUGGAAAAGAUGCCUCAAACUAUUCAAGCAUGGAAGGAGGACAAGUUGAAGGAAUUAGCAAAGCAAAAGAGUUCCAUGCCCUUUUAAAUCUUUUUUUUUUCCCAGUCAGUAGAAUUAUAUACACACCCUCUUAUUUUGUUACAUGCGCACAACAAAAAAAAAAAAAUUGUAAAAUAAAAAUCUUAAAAACAAGAAA